UUUUACGCCCGGGAGUAUCUCAUAGGCAUUUUAUCCUUAAGGACCUCUCCUUGUAAGCAAAGUGUACCCGUGUCAUGUGAACAGUUCUCAUUACAAUGAUCCCAAGAAACGGCUAUCACUCGUCAAUCUCGAGGCGGGACCUUUCACAUAGCUGUGCUGAGCUUCUGACACAAGUCGUAGGGGUAGUAUAUUCGUUAUUUUCCAACGCUCGGCUUCGCGGUCAGCACGAGAUUCUGCCGAGUUGUCUCGAUAUCCCACAGCUCUUCCUUCGAAUCCCGAUUUAGUCUCUCCUUCCGUUGAUUUGCAGCCAUAUGGCGUUCGCGCUUUCCUGCCAGCCACGUCUGGUCUCCCCACUGUCGCUGCACUAUUCAAAGCGACACCCGCGCCUGGCGAGACUCCCCAAAUCCGAGAUUCUUAACACCUCUUUCAAGUCAACUUCACCGCCGCGCGCACGAGUCGAACGUCAGUUCGCCGUUUUCGCCUCGCAGAAUUUCGAGAAGCCCGUGCGUCUCCUACGCACUUUCCCCUCGGCUUUAGAAACUCAUCCAUCUGAACCCCUAGGCCAAGCAAGCCCUUUCAAGGAUGACGCCGGAAAUAGCGCCGCUGAUGUCGCCAGCGGUGUCGGCGCAAACGGCGCUCAAGAGGAGCAGAAGCCAGCGGAUGCCACGAGUCUUUACGUGAUUCACGUGAAGACGAGCUCAGAGCCACUUUCCGGCAUGUCGAUGCCAGGUGGCGGCGUCUUAUUGGCUUUGAUCGGGGAAGGAGGUGACACGAUUUCGGUGCGACUCGAGCCACAGGAGGAAGGAAUCAAGGAUCAGGAGAGCAAAGAGCAACUCUUUAAAACCGUUGAAGAGGAGCGGACGAAUGCUGCAGCCACUGGAAUCAUUCCAGUUGUCGCAACAGCAUUCGCUGCAGGACAGACAGCAGAGAUUCGACUGAUGGCUCCCAGCAUUGGUGCAGUGACGGCUGCUUGGCUGGCGCCUCAACGCGGCGCCACGUGGCGAGUUGACAGCAUGGCAAUUACUGUCGUUCCCAACAGUGCAGAAGAAAUAACAGCAGCCUCAGCAGAAGCAGGAGCAGCAGCCGAGGUGGCGGCAGCAGCUACAACGGUUGCUACCCCUGCAGUCCAGUACACACUACUUCCAGGGCCCUUCUCCUCUAAUUUCCUUGGCGAUCCCUCAGGUGGUGGUAACAGUGGUAACACAGACACUCCAACAGCUAUUCAGCUAAGAGUGGCUAAAACACAAACCCUAGAUCCUUCUUUGGCUUUGGCAGCACCCGGGGCAGUUGGUACGGCUGCCGAAGCUGCGGAGCAAGCUCGGAAAAAGAGGGAGGAUGGGUUGAGGGAGUAUGAGGAACUGAAGAGGCUGAUGCUUCUGGUUACCACAGGGUUGGUGGUUACAGGGACGGGAGCAGCUGGGUGGCUGGGCGGUGCAGAUACUGCUGUGGCGUUUGCUGCAGGUGGGGCGGCAGCGUUUGUCUACUUGCUGAGGUUGCAGACUAGAGUUGAUGAGCUACCAUCGACAUUUGAGGCAUCAGGAGAAUUGAAGUCCGUGCCUGAAGCUCCCAGCAGCGGAAUGGCGAAGGAAGGGGAGAGUGGAGGUGCUGAUACCCUUCAACUGGUCCGAAGUAUAGGUGUACGGGCGGCCUUAGCCACUCUUGCUAUUGGCUCAGCUGUUGCCCUUCUGGGGGGUGUUAGUGGAGGAGGGGGUGGUGGUGAUGGUACGAUUGAUGGGGGGCUCUUGGCGGGAGGCCUGCAGGUUGUAAAGAUUCAGCCGCAACAGUUUGCUGCUGGUGUGUUGGGUUUCCUUUCUCACAAGCUCGCUGUCCUUCUGGUGGCGUUCACGGUAGGGAGCAAGAAUUUAGAUGAAUAGAUGUUGGUGUGCUUAACAUCUCAUGUACCGGUAUAUAGAAAGAAGAACUUGUAACUCGAUAAAGGGCUUGAAAAAUA